AUUCUCUCACAUUAGAAUCGUUAUAAAUAGAGAGCCAUCAGACUUCAAUGUCCAUAUAUAUUCCAUAGACGUAAUGGCCAGAGUAGUUAGCGGAGUGGGCUAUGGUUUGGGAUCCGUUGGGAUCAUCCUUCUAAUUCUGCUUGCCCUAGUUUGUGAAGCUAUGGAAGUCCCAACAAAUUAUGGAGGGCUUGUUACAACUAAAGGAACCCAUUUUCUGCUCGAUGGGUCACCUUUUUACUUUAAUGGGUUCAACUCUUAUUGGAUGAUGCACGUAGCUGCUCAACCCACAGAGAGGGACAAAGUGACACAAGUGUUUCGCGAGGCUGCUGGCGCCGGUCUCACUGUAUGUCGAACUUGGGCUUUCAGCGAUGGUGGUGAUGAAGCAUUGCAGAUUUCACCUGGUGUUUAUAAUGAAUAUGUUUUCCAGGCACUUGACUUUGUGAUUUAUGAGGCAAGAAAAUAUGGGAUUCGGUUGAUUCUGAGUUUCGUUAACAAUUACAGUGACUUCGGAGGGCGAGCACAAUAUGUUAAGUGGGCUCGAGAUGCAGGAAUCCAGAUUAACAGUGAUGACGAUUUUUACACACAUUCAAUACUAAAAAAAUAUUACAAGAAUCAUGUGAAGAGAGUUAUAACUAGAUGCAACACCAUAACAGGAACACUUUAUAAAGACGAUCCAACUAUCAUGGCAUGGGAACUUAUAAAUGAGCCUCGUUGCCAAAUCGAUUACUCUGGAAGGACAAUAUAUGCUUGGGUUCAGGAGAUGGCAGCUUACGUGAAAUCUCUUGACAACAAACACUUGCUGGAAGUAGGCAUGGAAGGCUUCUAUGGCGACUCUACGCCUGAUAGGGAGCAAGUUAAUCCUGGUUACCAAGUCGGCACCGAUUUCAUUACUAACAAUAUUAUCAGCGAAAUUGAUUUUACUACCAUACAUGCCUAUCCUGAUACAUGGUUGUCGGGGAAGGAUGACGACUCGCAAAUGGCAUUCAUGAACAAAUGGGUGGAAAGUCAUUGGGCAGACUCAAAAAGGCUGCUAAGAAAGCCCAUGAUAAUAGCAGAAUUUGGCAAAUCCAGUAAAGAUCCAAAGUACAGCACCAAUAAAAGGGACUCGUUCAUGAGGACUGUGUACGAGAUGAUUGACAAAUUAGUCAAGAGCGGAGGAACAAUCGGUGGAAGCCUGGUUUGGCAGCUUAUGGCAGCAGGGAUGGAGCCGUAUCACGAUGGUUAUGAAAUAAUUCUAUCGGAAAAUCUCUCUACUAAUGAAGUGAUUUCCAUGCAGUCUAGUCAGAUGGCUGGGUUGUCUCAUUUGGUGAUGAAGGCGGCAACUGAGGACACGGGCGCUGACAGGGACAGGGACAGGGACAUCCGUUGAGCAUAGCCAUAGCCAUAGCCAACCCAUGAAAAGCUAAUAAUAAAAUUACAAUUAUUAAUCCUUAUAAUAAUGUCUUUAUAUUAACUCAAUUUGUUAUAUUGUGGUUGAAUUAAUAAUAGGUAGACAAAAAUAAUUAGAGAUUAAUUCAUCAAACAUGGGUCUCAGUUAUCACUAUGCGGGCCUGCAUUGGCACGGUCCAACACCAACAAGUAGAUUGUCUAUGGUCCAGAUUCAUUAGAUCCAGAUCCAGUAACUAACUGUUCGAUCCAAUUUCAUUUAUAAUUAGAUUAGAGAUCAUGGAUUUGGUCUUAAUACA